AUGGACGGGAGAAAAUGCCUUCACUGUGCAACCGAUAAAACUCCCCAGUGGCGAACUGGGCCGAUGGGGCCCAAGACCCUGUGCAACGCCUGUGGAGUCCGCUACAAAUCGGGCCGGGAGGAGUACGAUGAAUUAGCGGAACUGGAAUGGCUUUCCAAUUUCGUCGAAGAAUCGUUCUCGAGCGAAGACCUCCUAAAGCUCCAGCUCAUCUCAGGAGUCAAAGCGGGUUCGAAUUUGGUUUCGGGUUCAAACUCAUCCUCAUCCGAAACCCGCUCCAUCUCAAUCCCGUCCUCGGCCGGUAACCUCACCGCGCAAAACCCGUCCUCCUUCCUUCCAGAAGCUUCCAUCGUCCCAGGCAAAGCCCGUAGCAAGCGCUCCCGCGCCGCCCCCAACAACUGGUCCUCUCGCCUCCUCGUCCUCUCCGCGUCACCAACGGACUCGGAUUCAAUUCUCUUAAACCCGAACCCGUCCGACGGGAGAAAAUGCCUUCACUGUGCAACCGAUAAAACUCCCCAGUGGCGAACUGGGCCGAUGGGGCCCAAGACCCUGUGCAACGCCUGUGGAGUCCGCUACAAAUCGGGC